AUGACUGUGAAGAUCCUGCUGGGUGUCUUCUGUCUCUCAGGGUGGCUCAUCUUCUCCAGGUGCCGUCAGUACCACUUUGUUAAUGAGUCUUUAAAUUGGGGUGAGGCUCGGAGCUACUGUAGAGUGAACUACGUAGGUCUGGCCAACUUCGAAAACGCUACAGAAAUGAAACAAUUUAACAAAACAGUUUCAUCUGCUGGUUACAACUCUGAGGUCUGGAUUGGUGCUUACCUAAAGUUUUAUUGGAGUUAUGUAUCUCAGAUCAAUGAUGAUUACUGGAAAUGGGAAAACCAAACUAAAAAUGAACCCUUUUCAGUUUACUAUUUGUGUACAAAAGUUUUAGUGAAUGCACCGUACUGGUCUUGGUAUUACUAUAUCAACUGCUCAUUGGAAUACCCAUUCAUCUGUUACAAUGGAACUUACCAGAGUCCUGAAUUUGUUUUUGUGAAUAAAAGCAUGGACUGGUUCAGAGCUUUGAGGUACUGCAGGGAGAACUUCACAGACCUGGCUGGCAGUUCGCUUUCCGUCAGUGAUGCACAGAGGCUGGUGUCGUAUGGGACUGAAAUAUGGAUCGGCUACAUUGCACAUCCUCACAUUUACUGGAGUGAUGGCAGAGACUCCUCAUUCAGAUACUGGGAUGAAUCAGGAAAAAUAUUUGGCAUUUCAAAUGACCUGCGUGGUGUUGCAGAUAUGCAGAGAUCAGGAAAAUGGAGGUUACUGCCCUAUAAUACACCACGACCAUUUGUCUGCUAUGACAACCUGCCAGUUCCUCAACCUGAAACCACAGAAACUCCCAAAAAAGAAAUUGUUUACAGAAAAGUAAUAAAAAUCAGGUUGAAGCUGAAGGACUCCUCUGUGGAUCUGAAUGACACAGCUGCCGAAGCAACACUCCUGAAAGAGCUGCAGGACAGACUGAAGGAGAAAGGAGUGAAUGGAGUCACUGUGCAGUGGAGAGAGCAGCCUGAUGGAGCCGUCUUCCAUAAAGACAGGGAAAGUACUCAAAGAAGAAAACUGAGCUGUGAAUUUUAA